AUGCCCUUUGUAGAGACCCUGGAAUCAUACUCCAGGGCACUCUACUUGCCCCUCCGCGGUUACGUCCGUCAGCCCUUCCUUUUUGUCUCUGACUCUAUCCGGGACCAUAUCCCUAGUGGCCUCUGGGAUAUGCGACGGGCGAUUGAACACACCGUGCUGGGCUCAUCCAAACUGGUCGGACCCUUUGACGGCUUUGGAGCAGGCAGCACCCUCAACGGCGUGGCAAGUAGCGGCAGCAGUGGAGCUGGAACUGGAGUAACAACUGGAUUGACAGGAGGAGGCGCGGCCGUCGUCAAUGCGAAUGCCUCUGCCGCUGCCAGCGCUGGUGCUGCAUCAGGAAGUGGAGUAGCAGCAGCAGCUGUGCCGACGGGUGGUAGUGGAUCAGGAGGUAUUAAUGGAUACGGACUUCAUAACGGAAGAUUGUUGAACUCACAACCAUCCAUGAUCCACUUUUUCACCAGUCCGUACUUUCUGUUGCUCUGUUUCAUGAGCAUCGUGCUGAACAGGAUUAAUGCAAUUGUCGCCCCCAGGAACCCUCACCCUUUGAAGAUGUCUGUCCGUUUCGCGCUCAAACUGCCAUCAUUCUAUCUCUUGACGAAGAGCGCACUCAUCACCCUGGCACUCGUCACUCAGGACAGCGGAGCGGGGGCAGGACUGGGCUUGAGCUGGAUGUCCAACUUUAGGACGUCGUAUAAUGAAUCACAGGCCCUUUGGCUAAGCUUCAUUGCCAUGGGCGUCUCCUGUACGAUCGACUCGUUUAUCACUAACCUGCAUUUCAACGGGAGCCAUGAGCAGGCGACCAACAUGCUGGAGUGGGCGAUCUUGUUCCAUUUCACGCCAUAUGGACGCGAUAUCCUCGUCAUCUCGUUGAUCCAGGUCUGCCAGCUGUUGAUGCUUCAGUUCCUGAGUCUCUCGAGCCAGGGCAAGAACUAUCGACUGGCAGUAACGACAUUCUGGGGCGUCUUGGAUCUCUUGCACUUUGCGUUUGCCAUCUACCAUCGAUCCAACACCUACCCGUCUCUUCAAAUGUUGACUCGAUUGCCAGAAGUAGUUGUCAUCCUGAUGGUGGGCAUUUCGAUGACGCUUCAUGCAUUGACUUAUAUCGUCACUGGAGGCAAUGUCAGGAGGCAGAUGUUUGAGCCCAGAGCUAUGCCAACCCGGGAUGAGGAAUAUGGACUGGCUGUGUUCAAAGUCGGGCGGGCUUGCAUGGAGGCGACUCGAGGCGUAGGGUUCAGGAACGAGGUGGAUGCGGUUAUUGUGCCCUUUGGAACCCUGCUCGACAAGAAAAAGCCAAAGUCGCGCUCCACAUUAUCCUCGGGCGACCAAACUCAGGGUACUCAGGCAGGGUCGUCCUCGACCUCGUACUCAUUUUCGUUUGGAACACGCGGUCAGCGAUUCCGGGCGCCAGCAGCGUCAGGAUUCUCGAACGAGAUGGCGGAUGUGGUCGAGACACCCGGACAACGACAGACGAUCUCCCGACGACGCAAUCGAUUCAAUGUCAUGAAGGAGUUUUGUGUGAGUAGCGGCAAGUUAGUAGCAGAGAUGACCUACGGCGCCUACAACAGAAUUGUUCCUGCUCGGUUCAAGCGGACUAUCCGGCCGAUCCCCAAUGCUCGCAUGUCCGUGCAGGACUAUAUCCAGCUGAGGACGUCGAUCGAAAACGCUUUGGAGAAGGCUCGGCAGGAACGGGAGUCGAAGAUGCAUCAAUUUGAGGUCAGCAAGUACCUCGCGGCCUCAGCUCUGGACGAGGAGGAAGAGAAGGAGCUCUAUAGCGAGUUCUUGUCAAGAGACUUGACUGUUUCCGACGACGAGGAUGAAGACUAUGAUGUCGAUUAUAUGGAUCUGGAGGACAGCGAGUAUGACGAUGACGGGAGUAACACGGAGGAUGAGAAUGAUAAUGCUGCUGGAUCCCGAGACAACAUUGGAGGCGCGGAAACACCAUUUGGCAUUCAACGUCGUGCAUAUGAUACCCCGCUGGAUUCUGAGGAGGAAAGCGAAAGUCUUGAGCAACUCGACAGUGACGAUGAGGAGAGCUCGGCUGUUCAGCGACUUCCCUCUGGAUGGCCAAGAUUGGGUUCAUUGCAGGAUUUCUUCUUGGACACGUCGUUCAUGAGCAUUUUCUUGUCGGGGCGAAUGCAGGACACGCCGUUAACCCGUUCACAACAUCUCCUCGUGUUGACAGGAGCCAGCAACAACAACAGUAACGGCAGCAGCGGUAGUGGUCAACAGCAGAAGCGGUCAAGGAGGAGGGGCCGUCGUUCGUCAGACCCAGAGGCGGAUGAUCGACUGCUGUUGGCGGUUUUGAACAAGUACCGUAAAACCGUUGGAGAGGAUGUGUCGGCACCAACACCGACAACAACAACACCACCUUCGUCGUUGCAUGGAGACGAUAUGACUCCCCCACCGCUGGCGUCCAAGGGAGCAACAUCCAACCAACAGGAUGAAGAGGGGACGAUGUAUGGGCUGCUGGCGUCCAGGCGGUACAAACAAUGCCCUUGUUGUCGAAGCGAUGUCCAAGGGUACUCCAAGAUCUUUUUACCCUGA